AAACCCCCCUUCUUCCUUCCCCAUUUCCACUGCAACUAUCACUCAAACCAUCAAUUUCUUUCAUUCUCCCCUUUCUUUUCGUUAUUCAUUUUCUUUAGUUAUUUGUGAAUGGAGAGAAACCCCAUGCGUAGGCAGCUUGCAAGCAUGAGGAAAUCCCUGUUUGAUCAGGGAUAUCUGGAUGAACAAUUCAUGGAGUUGGAGCAACUCCUAGAUGAUGCCAACCCUAAUUUUGUCGAAGAAGUUGUCACCUUGUACUACCGCGAUUCUGCCAGAUUAAUCCUCAACUUAGACCGCGCCCUGGAGCGGAGGCCUUUAGAUUUUAGUAAGUUGGAUGGGUUAAUGCAUCAGUUCAAAGGAAGCAGUUCAAGCAUUGGAGCCAAAAAGGUGAAAGCUGAGAGCACAUUGUUUAGGGAAUAUUGCAAGUCUGGAAAUGCAGAAGGAUGCAUGAGGACUUUCCAGCAACUGAAGAAAGAAUAUGCAACAUUGAGAAAGAAGCUUGAAACUUACUUUCAGCUGGCAAGACAAAUUGGACCAAUGGAGAGUGCAAAUCGCCCCAAGUAGAGACAGAGCCCAAUGCAGAAGUGAGUAGUUGUAUUCCCAAACUUCACCUUACUGAAUUAGCUUUGAUUUUGCUUGUAAAGCUAUGUUUUAGAUUGAGCUUCGUCAGAAAGCUUUGCUCUAUCAGUCGGUGCAUAUUUUGUAUUUUGGUAUCCAUUAAAAAAGUGUAGUUGAGUUGAUAAUUUCAAUAAAUUGAAACUCUAUCCUUAACACC